GCAAAGCACUGUGGGUAGACGUCCUACGCCCAAAAUGGCGGCAGGAUUGAAAAGUUUGUUGCUGUUUUUGUUUUAUUUUAUGGCAUUUUAUCGUCCUGUGUCCCCUUCUGAAUAAAUCCCUAUAUUUAUCACAGUUAAGAAGGUUGGUCGUUUGUUUCCGAUCCACGAAGGCGUGAUUUGGAUCGGUGUUUUGUUUAGUUUAGCUCGGUAAAGCGCCUCCUCCGUGGACGCGUACGAGGCAGAUGGCUCUGAACUCGUGGAUAUCACUGCGUCUCAUACGAUUAAAAUGAAGAGCAUUUGUACAUAGAGAUGGAGGAUGACGUAAAGAAAGUCAAAAAGCCAGGUAUUGUGUCUCCGUUCAAGCGGGUGUUUCUGAAAGGAGAGAAGGGGAGAGAUAAGAAGGCUCUGGAGAAGUCCACCGAGCGCAGGGCCCUCCACACCUUCUCCCUCUCUCUCCCGGACCACCGUAUCGACCCAGAGAUUCUGCUCAAUGACUACAUUGAGAAGGAAGUUAAGUACCUGGGACAGCUGACCUCAGUUCCUGGAUAUCUGAAUCCCUCCAGCCGCACAGAAGUUCUGCAGCUUAUUGACAAUGCCAGGAAGUCUCAUCAGUUGGCAGGGCAGCUGACAUCAGAGCAGGAUGCUGUUGUCAGUUUGUCGGCAUACAAUGUGAAGCUUGUGUGGCGCGACGGAGAAGACAUCAUUCUUCGCGUACCCAUACAUGACAUCGCAGCUGUGUCCUACAUCAGAGACGACUCGCUCCACCUCGUGGUGCUAAAAACGGCUCAGGAGCCCGGUGGUUCUCCAUGUCAUAGUACAGAGAUGUCAAAGUCUCCCACUCUGAGCUCUCUUUCGGAGAGCGGGGCUGUGCUUGUGGAGGUCUGCUGUCUGCUUGUGCUGGCAGUCGACAAUAAGGCUGCGGCAGAGGAGCUGUGUCUUCUGCUUAGUCAAGUCUUCCAGAUUGUCUACACAGAGUCCACCAUUGACUUCCUGGACAGGGCCAUCUUUGAUGGAGCCACAACCCCCAUCAGGCAUCUCUCGAUCUGCAGCGAGGACUCCUCGAGCAAAGAUGUCAAAGAAGUGUUUGAGGCCGAGGCGAGCACAUUUACUUUUUCUAGUUCUCUAGAGGCGGGACACUCCUCUAGCCCCUCCCCCUCCUCCACCCCGGCCUCGCCGCAAACCAUAACAGCCAGUGAGAGUGAACUAAGCACAACGGCUGCUGAACUGCUACAAGACUACAUGACUACAUUGAGGACAAAGCUGUCAUCUCAGGAGAUACAGCAGUUUGCCACACUGUUACGCGAGUACAGAAACGGAGCCUCCAUCCAUGAGUUCUGCAUCAACCUGCGGCAGCUUUAUGGAGACAGCAGGAAGUUCCUCCUCUUGGGACUGCGGCCUUUCAUUCCUGAGAAGGACAGCCAGCACUUUGAGAACUUUUUGGAAACCAUCGGCGUGAAGGACGGCCGCGGCAUCAUAACGGACAGCUUUGGGCGUUACAAACGUACGACAAGCUCUGCGUCAGACUCCACCACUAACGGAAACGGUGCUGCGGGCGGCUCGGACGAAGGAACGGCCACCUCUGAGGGCGACGAAUGGGACCGCAUGAUUUCAGACAUAAGCAAUGACAUUGAAGCGUUAGGAAGCAGUAUGGACCAGGACGGCGUGUCGUCUUGAUGUCACGGCACUGGGUCAGUGACUCGCUGCGUGCUUUAGCCAAUCACCACUUGAGAUAAUCACAUGGGCCAUCGGUUCAUAUUGCUGUCCAUCAAAUCUGACAAUGCUGGAGUUCGGAUACUGUAUGGAUACCACUUCCUGGCCAUCCUCCUUAUUUUUAUACGUUGUGCCAUAUUAACACGAGCAGAUUUUUUCAGAUUUUGAGAAUUGUGAUUUUUCAAGAUCUGCGAUAGAAGGAUCAUGUAUUGCUGUGGACAGCAGUUGUGUUCUUCUGGGAUGUUUAUUGGCAGUAUCUGCUACCACUAAUGAGAGACCUUGUUGCUGGUAGAUCUUGCUCUUCGCGCUGAUCCGAAAGCUUAUUUCCACCACAGAAUACAAAGAGCUUGUUACCAUUUAUUUUACACUUUUACUUUUUUUCCCCCCUCACAGUUCUGACAGAAUCUCAGAAUUGUGAGAUAUAAAAUGUCAGAACUUACAAUUAUACAUUUAUAACUAAAUUGAGAGAAAUGUGAGAAUUGUGAGGUAAAACAUGUUAAUUUUCUUAAUAAAAAAAAAAAGGUAAAUGUCUUUUUAUCCCAUAGUUUAGACUUUUUUACUGCAAAUUCAAGUUAAACCUUUUUACUAAUUCUAUCCAAAUCACGAGAGAAAAGCAACAGUUACCCCUUUUUAUCAGUAUUAAAAAAAAAAACAACAAAUUUUCUCUCUCUUGUGUUUUAAGUUUGUCUCGCAACUGAGUUCGUCUUAAAAUUAAGGGUUGAGAACCGUUUAGAAAAAAAACUUGCGCAAAACCUUUUAAAUGGAAGUUUAUUUAUCUCGACUGAGAGGAAAAAGUCACAUUAUUAUUUUUUUUUUAAUAUAUAAAAAAAAAGGUAAUUGACACUCUCACUUUGGGUCACUUUUUCUCAGAAUCUCACAUUUUUAUUUCAGUCAGUCUUGCAAUUGAGUUUUUUAAUGUUCAGCUGAGAGAACAAAGUGUGUCAAAUUAAUUUGAAGGUAACUUUUUUUUUUUAUUCUGUCGCAGAAAUAAGCUUCCGCGGAUGUGAGAUCAGUUUGCCUGCGUCUCAUUCAUUUGUAAUGCGACCUCUGAUCAGUGUGAAGGAGCAGUUUGGAGCGUUGCCUGGUGGCCUUCCUCAAGCGUGAUCUGUAUUGCCUUACGUGUGUGUUGUAACCUGAUGGAAGUGAGGUGCAGUAUAUUUCCUCCUGCAAUGAAGUGCUAAUCAAAACUUGACCCUUUUACACACCCUUAUAUUAACUGGCCGUUGUUCUAUUACACUUCUUUUUCCUCUAUCGUAUAUUUUUCACUUCUUCUAUAUUUGUUUCAGCCAGGAUUGAUUAUAAUUACCCAGUUAUUAUCAAGUGGGUUUCUUCAGGUAGGAAAUGUAGCACUAUGUAUUUUUUGGUUUUGACUGAAAACCUGGAAAAUUUGGAUAUUAGACAAAGUCAGUUUUCUGGCUGAUCGCGAAUGCAAUAUUCACUAGACAUGUCCCGCCAUUCAUUGUAUCUCCUCCGAGAUUUCAGUUAUCUAACAUUGUGCCUUGCAGAAUCACUGAUUGUAUCAUCCAACAUGGAUGCAAGUAAUAUUCUGUAAUCUGUACAGAACGUGACUGAAGUAUGAGUUUAUUAAAAAGUGCAGCACUUACA